AUGGAUGACCUCAAUAAGAAAUCUUCCACAAACAUUUAUAGAACUAGUGAUGAAAAUAACACAAAAAGUACGACAGUAGAGGAGGACAUCAAGUCCAUGACAACAACAUCAUCGAAUGAUGACAACGACGACGACGCACGACUCAUAUCCAACACUGAGAAUCAACACUUGAUCAAUUCCAUUGCCCUCUCUCCUCAUCGACCUGUCACUCGACACCGAAGAUCCAUCAGUAACAUUCAUCACGCUCAUUUACCAUCUUCACUGGUUGAACAACAUGCAUCAUCGAGGGAUUCUUCACCAUCCUCAUCGACCUCUCCCAUCUCGCAUGAUCUCAACAUGACGAACGGUCAAGCCACAACAACAACAACAACACCAAACACUUCCUCAACCAUUCAUAGCCCACCACCAGAAGAUGACUUUGAUAUUGAAACCACUCUGAGAACGACAGCAUACAAGACAGCCACCAAUGUUGCCAACACUCCAUCCUAUGAAACUGCUCAACAAAAAGAAACUAAGAAUAUUGGAAGACCUCGUUCCAAUUCACAAGAUAACUCCUCGGUCACUUCGUCAUUGGAUAUAGUGAGAGGAACCAUUACGGGUUCACAAUUAUUGUCUGCUUCUUCUAAUGCAUCGUCAUCAUCAUCAUCAUCAAAUAACCUUAAUCAAGCAGCAGGAGACCCAAAUACUACUAAUAGUACCUUGAAAGAAUCUCAGUCUGAGAGGACAAAUUCAUUGAAAUCAGAGCAAGAUGCUCAAAUGUCCAGUUCAGCCCUUUCAAGAGUUACAGAGAGCUCUGAACAAUCAUUCUCCUAUCAGUCCCAAUCCAAUUAUCAACAACACCAACAACAACCACCACUCUCUCCUCUACAAAAACAUUCAUCAUUGUCGUCCAUUCCAAGCAGCAGUUCUUUGACAGCACUUGGAGAAAAUUCUACAAAAAGCAAAACUCACCAGACAUCGAUGGACAAGAAUGGAUCGAUGGGCAAUAACAAGAGCAUGCUUCCCAAUCAAUCGAAUUGGAUUUCUGCCGACAUUCUCUAUCAGAAAAUUAGAGAAAAUCUCAAAAAGACAUCCAAUUUUGCAGAAUUGGAGAAUUCAAGCAAGAGUGUAAAUAAGGAACAAAUUGAUUAUCGACAAGUUCUGAAAAAGAAGCAUUAA